GGUCUAUAUCUAUGGCUCUCCAGGACCUGCCCCCUUCUAGGAUGGCUCUUCUGGGAAUGCUGCUUGGGCUGCUGAUGGCUUCCUGCUUCACCUUCUGCCUCAGUCAUCAGAACCCGGAGUUUGCGCUCACCAGCCCAGAGAAGAGCAGGACCAAAGAAGUGGAGAGAAAGGAAACCACAGCAGAAGAGGAGCUGGACUCCGAGGUCCUGGAGGUGUUUCACCCGACCCAUGAGUGGCAGGCCCUUCGGCCAGGGCAGGCUGUCCCUGCUGGAUCCCAUGUGCGGCUGAAUCUCCAGAGUGGGGCAAGAGAAGUGAAACUCCAAGAAGAGGACAAGUUCCGAAGUAAUUUGAAAGGGUUGAAAAAAGGCAGAAGGCUGGACAUCAACACUAACACCUACACAUCUCAGGACCUCAAGAGUGCACUGGCAAAAUUCAAGGAGGGGGCAGAAGUGGAGAGUUCAAAGGAAGACAAGGCAAGGCAGGCCAAGGUUAAACGACUCUUUCGCCCCAUCGAGGAACUAAAGAAGGAGUUUGAGGAGCUGAAUGUUGUCAUUGAGACUGACAUGCAGAUCAUGGUACGGUUGAUCAACAAGUUCAACAGUUCCAGCUCCAGCCUAGAAGAGAAGAUUGCUGCACUCUUUGAUCUCGAAUAUUAUGUCCAUCAGAUGGAUAAUGCACAGGACCUGCUUUCCUUUGGCGGCCUUCAAGUGGUGAUCAAUGGGCUGAACAGCACAGAGCCCCUGGUGAAGGAGUAUGCUGCGUUUGUGCUGGGGGCUGCCUUUUCCAGCAACCCAAAGGUCCAAGUAGAGGCCAUUGAAGGGGGAGCCCUACAGAAGCUGCUGGUCAUCCUGGCUACAGAGCAGCCUCUCCCUGCAAAGAAGAAGGUCCUGUUUGCGCUGUGCUCCCUUCUGCGGCACUUCCCCUACGCCCAGCAGCAGUUCCUGAAACUGGGGGGGCUGCAGGUCCUGAGGAGCCUGGUGCAGGCGAAGGGCACAGAGGUGCUGGCCGUGCGCGUGGUCACUCUGCUUUAUGACCUGGUCACUGAAAAGAUGUUUGCUGAGGAGGAGGCCGAGCUGACGUGGGAGACGUCCCCAGAGAAGCUGCAGCAGUAUCGCCAGGUGCACCUCCUGCCGGGCCUGCGGGAGCAGGGCUGGUGCGAGAUCACUGCCCGCCUCCUGGCCCUCCCGGAGCACGAUGCCCGAGAAAAGGUGCUGCAGACGCUGGGCGCCCUCCUGGCCACCUGCCGGGACCGCUACCGUCAGGACCCCCAGCUCAGCAGAACGCUGGUCAGCCUGCAGGCAGAGUACCAGGCUCUGGCCGCCCUGGAGCUCCAAGACGGUGAGGAUGAGGGCUACUUCCGGGAACUGCUGGGCUCCAUCAACAGCUUGCUGAAGGAGUUGCGAUGAGGCUGCUCCCCAGCACUGGGACUGGACUGGGACUUUAGUGACGCUGAUGGGCACCAGCUUGGCUGGGCUCUUCAGGGGACACCAGCCAGGAGGGAGGACUUCCCUACUGGGGCCUGGACACCAUCUGGGUAGUGCUGGCUUGGCCAUUAAAUGGAGGCAUGAGGGCC